AUGGGGUGGACCUUCAACACCGCGGACCCGAAUGCGCCGACAGAUGGGCCCAAGAUCUCAGCUGUUGCGAUAAUCAUGACGACUCUGGCCAUGGUAACAGUUAUUCUUCGCGUUUAUGUCCGACAAUUCAUGGUCAAGGCCUUCGGCGCUGAUGACUGGGUAAUUGUCUAUGCUUGGAUUUCCUCCGCGGGCUUCGCUAUCCUGUCCUGCAUCCAGACACGGUGGGGCCUUGGGCUACAGAACAUCGAAGAUCUGCCCACCGAAGACAUUUAUAACUUUGGCCUGAUACAAUACAUGGGCGCUCCAUUAUACGCUACAUUUGUCGUUAUCGUCUUGACCAUUCUUUUUCACUUGUCGUUCCUGCUGGUGCAAAUUAAUCUUUGCCAACCCAUUGCUGCCCAGUGGGACCCGAGCAUCGUGGAUAAGACGUGCCUUGCCGGUGUUCCCGUAUACACCACCAUGGCUUCACUGACCAUUGUGUUCGAUGUUACUGCCAUGGUGCUUCCAUUCCCUGUCCUGAUGGGCCUGAAGAUGCAAAACCGCAAAAAGCUUGUGCUGCUAGGACUGUUUGGGCUGGGCAUCUUCAUCACAAUCAUCCAGAUUAUACGGAUACAGACAGUCAAGCGGCUAGCUGUCUACACCGACUCUGCACCAUUGAUAAUGUGGUCUGCAGUCGAGGCCAAUCUGGGAGUCAUAGUAGCUAGUAUCCCGUGCCUAUCUCCCCUUAUCAAAUACUUUAGGGAACGGAGCACGGUCGGCUCCAAGGGCAAGUCUGGGGGAGCAGGCUACCAGAUUGGGUCCCAGUACGCACUGCGUACAUGGAAAUCGACAAAUCAUCCGCGUGAUACCCAUCUCGGGGGCUCACUCUCCGGCCAUCGGGUCGAGGCCGAAGCAAACAUCACAAAUUGCAAUACGGACAGCACGGAAUAUAUAUUGGAGCCGACCAAGAUCAUGGCUAAAACUGAGAUCACAGUCACAAGGGUAUAG